AUGAGGCUUCGACGGUCGACGAGAUUGAAGUUGCGUGAGGGAGUGACGGACGGUGCGGUUGCACCUGCUGGUGCGAGUACUCCUGCUGCCGUCCCAGCACCAGCGAAUGGUGCGACCUCCUCAGCACUUCCCUGGGAUCACAAGUCUCCCGGUAUCAAAGUACAAAAGCCACCGACACGUAUGAGACGUACUACAACCAAAACACAUGCAACGCUUGUACGACCCCACUACAGUGGCCACUCUAACUCACACAAUGCGUCGCUCACCACCGUCAUUGACGCUAUCUCGCACCAAUGUAAAACGUCACCUACUCUACAACAAAUCGCCGGUCAAUUGAUUCCACUGAUUGAAGCAGGACGUCAAUUAGAACUUGAACAACAGCGUAGCAAUGCUGCGCUGUUGUCGCGGUUACUCAGCGAACCUCAUACCGUCCCCGAAGACCAAGCCUUUUACACCGCUUUAACAGCACCGAACCUGACCGCGCCGGCAGCGACUCGGUUCACUGCACAAUGGCAUGGUAUCACUGCUGAAGGUGUGGCGGACAUCGUCUUUGAUUGUGAUGAAGCUUUUGAUGUUGCGGCGUGUCGACGUAAUGAUUUUCAAGCUAUAAACACUCGUGUGAACCGGUUACUGCUACAACAUCGCAUCACGACUCUGCCUUGGCCAGAUAAAAAGCGUAAACGCGUGGGUUCGGGAGUCCCGGGGGCCUUGGGGAACCCGGAAAACCCGGUUGCCGAUCCUGCAACUAUUCCUUUACUCUCAUGA